UCUAGGCUCCACAAAGAGAAGUUGCAAAGAUUAAUGGGUCGUAAAUCUCGCCCACAUCUUAUUGCGACAAGACAUGCUAAGGAGUUUCCAGCUUGGUUCAAUGAGCAUAUCUUGCAUCUACGUCAGAAUGGGGAGGAGGUGCCUCAUCAUAUCAGAUGGCUUGCUCGAGGUCCUAACUUGGAUGUGAGAAGUUAUAAUGAAUACAUCUAUAAUGGCAUCAAGUUUCGUAGUAAGUCACAUGAGAAGCAUAGGAAAACUCAAAAUAGCGGGGUCCUUAUUACGGCAAUUUCAGAAGAUUACUCCAGUUCAAGAGAUAGACAUCCUAUUGAAGGAAUUAUCACGUAUUAUGGUUUGUUGAAAAAAGUAGUUGAAUUGGAAUAUGCAGAGGAUCUCAAAGUAAUAUUAUUUCAUUGUGAUUGGGUUGAUAACAGAAAGGGAGUAGAGGAAGAUGAGUUGGGGUUUGUACUUGUCAAUUUUAACCAUUUAUUGUAUAGUAGCCGAGAUCAGCUUGCCGAACCAUUUGUACUUCCAUCACAAGCAGAGCAAGUGUUUUACAUUGUAGAUUCUCAUAGGCCUGAAUGGCAAGUUACCAUGAGGCCUAAAAGUAGGGAUAUUUUUGAUAUGGGACAGCAGGAUCCGGAUCGUGAUGAUUUAGAUCAGACAUAUACACAGAGUACAUUACAAUAUAGACAAUAUGUAGAACAUUCAGAGGAUGAUGGUGAUGCCAGUCUUAGUUGGGUAAGAUCUGAUGUGGAAGGUAUUAUAAUUGACACCCCCAUCGGAUUGAUCAAUUCAAUGGAAAGUUCAGAUGAUGAUAUAUCAAAUUGAUUGAACAUUAAA